AUGGUCGAUGAAGGGGAUGGUCCCUCAAAGAAGAGGAAAGCAGCACCAAGUGACAAAGAAGAAACACUCAUUGCGACCGUCAAAAAAGUUUUAUUCUCGGUGGAGGCCAUCGAAUUCUUCAAACGUGUGUUCAAUAUUUCGGAAUUUCACCAGGCCAUGAAAUCAUUCCGAGACGCCCAAAUAAAGAAGAGACCGCAACCAAAAACCGCAACCAACGAAGACCCAGCGGAAGUGAAAGAACGGAACCGCUCAGUCGUCAUCAUUAAUGUGCCGGAAAGUAGAUCGAAAUUCGAACAUGAGAAGAACCUGGCUGACCUAUCACAUGUGCAGAUGUUGUUCCGUUAUCUGGAUGUUGGAUGCUCCCCUAUGGCUGUUUACAGACUUGGUCGACCUCGUGAUGAUGGAAGAAGUAGAUUACUGAAGGUGAUAAUGCCAUGUUCCCAAUCCCAAAGAGCAAUCCUGUCUAAAGCCAAAACCCUCCGUUCUUUUGUCACCGCCCCUCAUCCGCCUGUAUUCAUCCGUAAAUCGUUAUCCCGCGAAGAGCUCGAAAAACAGCGCCUAGAAAGAGCUUUGAAAUUUCCCCGCUCCGAUCCAAUUAGUGUAGACGUAGAAAUGCAACCUGCUGCCAGCGCCCUUCUGCGCAAAUCCAUCGAUCAAACAGAGAAAAAAACAAAAACAAAUGAGAUCAUAUUUUCUUAA